AUGGUUCCACCGAUUACGAAUCAGAAGUUGAACUCCAUUCAGCAAGGAUCAUUGGAUGUUACUUCUUAUUAUACUCUCUUAGUGACUUUAUGGGAGGAGUACAAGAAUUCUGUUGAGUUACCAGUCUGUACUUGUAGAAAAUGUGAGUGCAAUGCAGCUGCUUUAUGGGAGAAGUUACAGGAACGAGGUCGAGUGACAAAAUUCCUGAUGGGGCUUAAUGCGUCUUAUGAAGCUACUCGAAGACAUAUCCUCAUGUUGAAACCUAUACCAAGCAUCGAGGAAGCUUUCAACAUGGUGACUUCUGAUGAAAGACAGAAGACCAUUCUGCCAAAGCCUGAUAGUAUGAUUUUUCAGACCUCUGCUCCUGCUCCUGCUCCUGCACAAGAUAAUGUCGCUUAUGCUGCUAUUCAGAACAGUUAUCGUCCUAGGGGCUCUCGACCUAUCUGUACUCACUGCGGUCACACUGGACAUGUGAUUCAAAAAUGCUUUAAGUUGCAUGGUUAUCCACCGGGUUAUAUACCAGGAUUCAAGAGCACCUUUGCUAACUAUCCGGGGAGUCAUCGUCCUUCUGCACCAGCUGCUCAAUCUCGUGGACAAUCUUCCAUUACUCCUCAUCCUCAGACUCAUGCUGUUGCUAAUGUCGUCACGGAGCAGAUUCCAUCUUACUCGCAGUCCACUCCUGCUAAUACUGCCAAUUUUGACGUUAGCACUCUUACUGGUGAUCAGAUACAAUCUCUCCUUCAACAGUUGAAUGCUCAGGUUAAAACUUCAGAAGGUCCAGUUUCAUCUUCUCAAGCCUCGUCUAUUACAGAACAUGGUGCUAUGGCUAUACAAUCUACUUCUGGUAACACUUUCUCUUUUCCUUCUUCCUCCUUACGUUUUGAGAAUGACUGCCUUACCUUUCAACAUCAAUGCUUAUCCUCUCUAUCUAAACACAUUCCUCAUGGUAGCUGGAUUAUAGAUACUGGAGCAACUAGUCAUGUUUACUCUGAUUUGGCCUUUUUUAGUGAAACAGUUACCGUCUUAGGAGUUACAGUCUCAUUACCGAAUGAGGCUAAGGUGGAUAUAAAACAUUGUGGGACAGUUAAACUGACAAAUACUCUCAUUUUACAUAAUGUUCUGCAUGUGCCAUCUUUCACAUUCAAUCUCAUUUCUAUUAGCUGUCUUUUGCAGCAUAAUCAUGGCUCUGCUCACUUUUUUCCUGAUCAUUGUUAUCUUCAGGAGUCUAUUCAGGGCUUGAUGAUUGGUAGAGGCUUUUUGUUGCAUAACCUUUACGUCCUUCAGCAUGAUUCAUCGUCUGUUUCUAUCACUCCGUCAUCGUCAUCUGCAUCUGCAUCACCAUCUGCAUCUACUCAUUUCACUGGAUCCUUGGAAGUCGACGGACAUCUUUGGCAUCAACGCCUUGGAUAUCCCUCUCAUGACAAGUUAAAGCUUCUUACUGGUAUUUUACCUUCUUCUGAUCUUAGGCAUGUCACCCCUUGUGAUGUCUGUCUGUUAGCCAAACAGAAACGUCUUCCUUACAUUUCAAAUAAUCACUUAUCACCUUUUCCUUUUGACUUAGUUCAUCUAGACAUUUGGGGGCCUUUUUCCAUUGAAUCUGUAGAAGGUUUUAGAUAUUUUCUCACCAUAGUUGAUGAUUGUACUAGAGCUACUUGGGUUUACCUAUUAAGAAAUAAAAGUGAUGUUACUUCUAUAUUUCCAGCUUUUAUACAGUAUGUCUUUACUCAAUAUAAAAAGAAAAUUAAGAAAAUUAGGACAGAUAAUGCUCCUGAACUUGCUUCCACUGAUCUUGUUAAGACUCAUGGCAUGAUUCACCAGUUUUCAUGUGCUUAUACACCUCAACAAAACUCUAUUGUAGAACGUAAGCAUCAACAUCUUCUUAACGUUACUAGAGCUCUUUUCUUUCAAUCUCAUGUUCCUCUUGCAUAUUGGACAGAUUGUCUUCUUACUGCUGUUUUCCUUAUCAAUAUAACUCCUUCACCCUUAAUGCUUAAUCGCACUCCUUAUGAACUCCUUAACGUUAAGAAACCGGAUUAUACCUUUUUACGAACUUUUGGCUGUCUGUGUUAUGUCUCUACGAACUCUAAAGAUAGACAUAAAUUUAGUUCUCGCGCUGAUAAAUGUGUGUUUUUAGGCUAUUCUUUUGGUUACAAAGGUUACAAAGUUCUUCAUUUAGAUAGUAAUGUGGUCUCUAUUUCUCGUAAUUUUGUCUUUCAUGAGACUAUUUUCCCUUUUGUUGAAACUCGAUUGAAUACUAGUGUUCAUGAUCCUUUUGACAUGUCCAUUUUACCAUUAGAUAUUCCUCACAAUAUAGACUAUUUUCAUCAUCCUGUUCCUCAUACAUCUAGUACAUCUCAUGCUUCUACAUCUGAUGCAUCACAUAAUACCACCAAUAGUAAUCCUACUGGUGCCCCAUCGGUUGUUGGGACUGUACCUGCUGAGACAACCAUUGUUUCACCAUCAAAUGUCAGACCAAGGCGAUCUUCUAGAGAACUAGUUUAUCUUUCUGACUAUCACUGUUCUCUUAACCAAAUCUCUUCUUCCUCUUCAUUAUCCACUCUUUCCACUUCCCCUAAAAAACUUACCACUCCUUAUCCUUUAUCUUCAUACCUUUCUGAUUCUAACCUCAAACCAUCCUACAAAUCGUAUAUUCUUUCUGUUACUCGCGAGACAGAACCUAAAAUUUUUAAAGAAGCUAUAGCAUCUCUGAAGUGGACGUAG